CUCCGUAUUCCCGUUCACCGUGGUUGGACAGGCACUGAUUUACCCCUUGUGACAGAGCUGAUCACUAGUGCCAAUUAGCCUCUGCUAUGAAAUCAUGGUUGACUGAUCGCCGUAUCCCGGCAAUAAGGGGCGGGUUUAUCAGUUGCUUGUCUCAGAUGGACUGGCAGAAGACGAUCUCCGGCACUGCGGUCGUUCCCGGACGCUCCGGCAAAAAAGGGAUAGGCAAGGCGUCUGGAUCACCGGCAGUUAUAGACUGUUAUUAUAUUUUGGCGAUCUUACUCAUUUCCAUUUCCCCCUUGGGUACUUGGGUACAAUGUUCCGUAAAUGUUUCGUGCUUUUGCGCCCAACAUCCUGGAUGGAAUUACUCCCCUCGUGGGCAAGGUGGUAGAUCCCAUCCCACAAUCCUGCAUGCAGGAUCAGGCCCUUUAAUUGAUCGCCGAAUUGGCAGUGGCCAAUCAAUAGGGAGGUUUUCUUUCUUUCGCGACAAUCUAGCCUUUCCUGCUCACAGAAGGAAAAGCAACGGGACCAAUGUUUAUCCAUACAUUUCCCAGUGAUUUUUGGAUAUCCAUUCUACUGUGGCUCAAAAUAUAGUGUCGUUGGGAGCUCAGGCGAACGUACGUGUAUGUGCACAUGCAAAUAUCCAUACUGGCCUGAAUUGUACUUUCUCCGACCAUUAAUUGACCAACUGAGAGCCAGAAUCGCACCGCAACGUUGGCAGGGAGCUCAUGACUACACUUUGUAUGCUCAGUUAUAGGCGUUGUCUAUGAACGACGUACG